AUGGCGAGCCGCGAAGAAGCCGCCGCCACUGACGCGGAGUCUAAAGUCAAGUCGAAGAAGAAAAAGUGCAAAAAGGAGAGUAAAAUUCGCAGCGUCCACGCCAAUGUCCGCGCUGAAGGCGAAGACAACCCAAACCGACAUUACGCUGACAACAAAAUCAAGACCACCAAGUACACGGUGCUCUCCUUCCUGCCCAAGAAUCUCUUCGAGCAGUUCCACCGCUUCGCCAAUGUUUACUUUGUCUUUAUCGCGCUGCUAAACUUUGUGCCGGUGGUCAACGCCUUCCAACCCGAGUUGGCCCUGGCCCCGGUGGUCUUCAUCUUGUCGGUCACCGCCAUCAAGGACCUGUGGGAGGACUACCGGAGACACAGGUCCGACAAGGAGAUCAAUCACAUGGACUGUCUGGUCUACAACAGGACAGAGCGACGCUACGUGGAGAAGUUCUGGAAAGAGGUGCGCGUUGGUGACUUCAUCCGGCUACGCUGCAAUGAGAUCCUGCCGGCCGACGUCCUCCUGCUGAGCUCCAGCGACCCGGACCGCCUGUGUCACAUCGAGACGGCCACGCUGGACGGAGAGACAAACCUCAAGCAGCGGCAGGUAGUGCGCAGCUUUUUCGACAUGGACUGCGAUUUUGACCCGUCCAAGUACGACAGCGUGAUUGAGUGUGAGAAGCCUAACAAUGAUUUGAACCGGUUCCGAGGUUACAUAAUCCACCGGAACGGCCGACGAGACGCACUUUACAAAGACAACCUGCUACUACGGGGUUGCACCAUCCGCAACACUGAGGAGGCGGUGGGCAUCGUCAUUUACGCGGGUCACGAGACUAAGGCCAUGCUAAACAACAACGGGCCUCGCUACAAGCGCAGCAAACUGGAGAGACAGAUGAAUGUGGACGUCUUCUGGUGUGUCAUCAUCCUGCUGGUCAUGUGCUCUUUUGCAGCUGUUGGUCACGGGCUGUGGAUGUUUCAGUACGGCGAUAAGAGGCCAGUUUUUGACGUGCUCAGUCCAGAGGGCACAGACUUGUCACCCGUUUUGUCGGCCAUCUAUCUCUUCCUCACCAUGAUUAUCGUCUUCCAGGUUCUGAUACCGAUCUCGCUAUUCGUGUCCAUUGAGAUCGUGAAGAUCUGCCAGGUGUACUUCAUCCACCAGGACGCUGAACUGUACGACGAAGAGAGCGACUCCCACCUGCAGUGUCGUGCCCUCAACAUCACUGAGGACCUCGGGCAGAUGCAGUACAUCUUUUCCGACAAAACCGGCACGCUAACAGACAACAAGAUGGUGUUUCGCCGCUGCACCGUGGCGGGCGUGGAGUACUCUCACGACGCUAACGCAAGAAGGCUGGCAAUGUACCAGGAGCUCGACUCUGAGGAGGAGGAGUGCACGUCUCACGGUGGGACGCUACCUAGGCGAGACAGCACAGGCAGCCACCACAGUGUCAAGGUGGUGCUGCGCUCCCACAGCACUAAAUCCCACCGCAGAACAGGCAGCAGGGCCGAGGCCAAGAGAGCCAGCAUCCUCUCCAAACACACGGCCUUCAGCAGUCCCAUGGAGAAGGACAUCACGCCCGACCCUCAGCUAGUAGAUAAAGUCAAUGAGUGUGGCAGUCAGAUGGACUUCAUGCGUUUCCACAGUCAGCCCGUAUCCCAGCUGCCCUCCGAUCUGGGUGAUAUAAUGGAUUUUUUCGUGGCCUUGACCCUUUGCAACACGGUGGUAGUGUCCUCACCUGACCAACCUCGGCACAAGGUCCGGAUGCGGUUCGAGCUCAAAUCUCCAGUCAAGACUAUUGAAGACUUCAUCAAACGCUUCACGCCGAGCCGACUGACUUCGGGCUCCAACAGCAGCAGCUCGUCUAGCCUCGCCACCAACCGUUCUUCGACCAAGGGUUGUUCCAGCUUGCUGUCGUCCCCCUCGGCCGAUAGUACCCUCACAAAGCUGGAGGAAGAGGCGGCGGCGGUGUCCGCGAACGCCUUCGGGGCCACACCACCCAACUACGACUGGAAAACCAAAAACCCCGAUGGGGCGGAUUUACGCUAUGAGGCCGAAUCGCCGGACGAGGCGGCGCUAGUCUACGCCGCCAGGGCUUACAAGUGCUCCCUUGUCGGGCGUCUCCUGGACCAGGUGACGGUGGACCUGCCCCAUCUGGGGAAGCUCAACUUUGAGCUGCUUCACACUUUGGGCUUCGACUCCACCAGGAAGCGCAUGUCCGUAGUGGUCAAGCACCCGCUCACCGACCAGAUCACUGUCUACACCAAAGGAGCCGACUCCGUCAUCAUGGACCUCAUAAAAUCACCUAACACAGGUAACUCCAAAGGAAAACGGCAAAAAAAGAUCAUCUACAGAACGCAAAACUACCUGAACCAGUACGCCGCCGAUGGCCUUCGCACGCUUUGCAUUGCCAAAAAGGUGCUGAGUAAGGAGGAGUAUGCCUGCUGGCUACAGCGCCACCUGGAGGCCGAGACGGCAAUCCAAGGACGGGAAGAGCUGCUGUUCGAGUCGGCCCUUCGUCUGGAGACCAACCUUCAGCUUUUAGGCGCGACCGGUAUCGAGGACAGGCUGCAGGACGGCGUACCCGAAACCAUCGACGCCCUGCGGAAGGCGGGCCUGCAAAUUUGGGUGCUGACGGGCGAUAAGCAGGAAACAGCCGUCAACAUCGCGUACGCCUGCAAACUGUUGGACCCCGAGGAGGAGAUCUUAACUCUCAACGCUGAUUCCAUGGAGGCUUGUUCGCUUCUCCUGGAGGAGAGUUUACACUACAUCCAGGCCAAAUUCCUUUGCGGCUCGGCCAAAGCCUUCCACGCCGACUUCGCCCCGUUCCACGUUUAUCCGUCCCCUCCUCCGCCCGCGCACUGGUCGUCCUCCCACGCCGCCGUACACCGGCUGGGCCUCGUGAUCGACGGCCGCACGCUAGCCUACGCCCUGGACCGAAGCCUGGAGGAUAGGUUCCUGGCGGUGGCGCGCAGCUGCCGGUCGGUGCUGUGCUGCCGAUCUACGCCGCUGCAGAAGAGCAUGGUGGUCAAGCUGGUGCGCAACAAGCUCAAAGUCAUGACGCUGGCCAUAGGUGACGGGGCCAAUGAUGUCAGUAUGAUCCAAGUAGCUGACGUUGGUGUGGGCAUUUCAGGGCAAGAGGGCAUGCAGGCGGUGAUGGCGAGUGACUUUGCCUUGCCGCGUUUCCGCUACCUCCAGAAGCUGCUGCUGGUUCACGGACAUUGGUGCUACUCGCGCCUGGCCAACAUGAUCCUCUACUUCUUCUACAAGAACGCCAUGUUCGUGGCGCUUAUUUUCUGGUAUCAGUUCUACUGCGGCUUCUCGGGCUCAGCCAUGAUCGACCAGUGGUAUCUGAUCUUCUUUAACCUGAUGUUCUCCGCCUUCCCGCAACUCGUCACCGGCACGCUGGACAAGGACGUGUCGGCUGAGACGCUGCAGCAACUACCUCAGCUUUAUGUCAACGGACAGAACUCGGAGGAAUACAAGCCAUACAUGUUCUGGAUGAACAUGAUCGACGCUUUUUACCAAAGUCUCAUCUGCUUCUUCAUUCCCUACUUUGCCUACGCCGACUCGGACGUGGACCUGUUUACAUGGGGGACCCCCAUCACCACCAUUGCUGUGUUCACUAUUUUGCUGCACUUGGGGGUGGAGACUAAAACCUGGACGUGGAUGAACUGGGUGUCCAUCUGCUUCAGCGUGGCUUUGUUCUUCACGGUGGCGCUGUGCUACAAUGCCUCUUGCCCCACCUGCUACUCCCCCUCCAACCCUUACUGGACCAUGCAGAGGCUGCUGCAGGACCCCGCAUUCUACCUGCUGUGCCUCAUCACACCUGCAGUCGCGCUGCUGCCCAGAUAUUUCUACCGGGCGUGUCAAGGCACAAUUUUUCCCAGCCCAGUCCAAGUGGGCCGGCAGUUGGACCGCUUCCCCGCCAAAGACCCCCGCAGGGACAUCCUAAACUGCAGUGCCGAGAGCAAAUCCCCCGCGGCCUCCCUCGCCAAAGACCCCCAUAGGGAGUCGGAGCGUCCCGACGCCAGCCUGUCAGUCCGGAUUGACGGAGGCGUCAAAUACACCCGGAACUCCCAGGACGGACUCACCUUGGGUUGA